CACGAUCAAAACGGAAUCGGAAACGCAUUGUCGGUUUGCUCCUCGCCGCCGGUAAUAACGACGCCGCUUCUGUCCUUCUUCCUCCUCCUCCUCCUCCUCCUCCUCCUCGUCGCCGCCGCAGCUCCGCCAUCAUCGCCUCCGUUCCCGAGAGCCCACCGAAGCUCCCACCAUUUUUCCACCGUUCCCCAGCUCGCUCGAGCUCGACACGGCCCUCCCGACUCGCCCCCGAGUCGAAACUCGGUGUCCGACCGGUCGCGAUAGCGUGGUGGCCGCCGCCGCCGCCACCGUGGAUCGCUGUGCCGUGCGUUCGUUCCUUUGUUUGACCGGCUAUGCUGUGAGUUUGUUGGGUGUUGUGAAUUGGGUUUGGGUUGGUUAGGGCAACGCCCCCUGCGAGCGAUGGAGCGGGCCAUGCUGACGGUCGGGCCGGGCAUGGACAUGCCGAUCGUCCACGACAGCGACAGGUACGACUUGGUGCGGGACAUAGGCUCGGGGAACUUCGGGAUUGCAAGGCUCAUGAGGGAUAAGGUCACGCAGGAGCUCGUCGCUGUCAAGUACAUCGAGCGGGGCGACAAGAUAGAUGAAAAUGUUCAGAGAGAGAUAAUAAACCACAGAUCUCUGAGGCAUCCGAACAUUGUUAGAUUCAAAGAGGUCAUUUUAACACCUACGCAUCUGGCAAUUGUGAUGGAAUAUGCAUCUGGUGGAGAGCUUUUUGAGCGAAUAUGCAAUGCUGGGCGAUUUAGUGAAGAUGAGGCUCGCUUCUUUUUUCAACAGCUCAUAUCUGGUGUUAGCUACUGUCACGCUAUGCAAGUAUGCCAUCGUGAUCUAAAAUUGGAAAAUACUUUAUUGGAUGGAAGUCCGGCCCCUCGACUAAAGAUAUGUGACUUUGGGUACUCAAAGUCCUCAGUGCUGCAUUCAGAACCAAAAUCAACUGUGGGAACUCCAGCGUACAUUGCCCCAGAAGUCUUACAAAGGCGAGAAUAUGAUGGCAAGAUUGCAGAUGUUUGGUCGUGUGGGGUGACCUUAUAUGUGAUGCUAGUAGGUGCUUAUCCCUUUGAGGAUCCUGAAAAACCUAAAGACUUUCGGAAGACAAUUCUGAGAGUUAUUAACGUUCAGUAUUCCAUCCCAGAAAAUGUCCAAAUAUCGCUUGAGUGUCGGCAUCUGAUCUCUCGAAUAUUUGUUGCAGACCCUGCAGAGAGGAUUUCCAUCCCUGAGAUAAAGAGUCAUCCAUGGUUCCUGAAGAAUUUGCCUGCUGAUCUUAUAGAUGAGAACACAAUGGGCAAUCAAUUCGAAGAGCCUGAUCAACCAAUGCAGAGCGACGAGACGAUCAUGCAGAUAAUUGCUGAGGCCACGAUUCCGGCGAUCCCGCCCCAUGGCCUUAAUCAAUUUGUCGCUGAUAGCCUGGACAUGGAUGAUGAUGACAUGGAUGACUUGGACUUUGAAUCCGAGCUAGACAUUGACAGCAGUGGUGAAAUAAUCUAUGCAUUAUGAUGAAAGGUCUCUGUAGGCAGAAGUUCUGGAUGAUAGCUUAGUUUCUGAAAGUAAGUGAUUUGCAUCAACUAUUUAUAAUAAGCCAAGAGAAAUAUAUCUCCGUCUGUCUUAGAUUAGGAUGAAUACUGUGGAAAGAGUACAUUAUCUAAACCUCUUGUUUUGUGACAUGGACAUUUACAUUUGUCAGGCUCUCUGAGCUGUCUUUUGUUGUCUUCGUCAUCA